UUUUCCGUUUUCCUCGCUCUGCCUCCUCUGCCGUGUCACCGGAGAGAAAAAGAGGAAGGAAUAUGGUUUCAUCAGACGCUCCUCCCGUUUCAGCGCUGCUGUAGCGGAUCUGUACGAGCAGGAGGCUGGGGCUCGGUUCGGCACAAACCUCACACAACCGCCUUUUCCCGUUACCAACCAGCCUGCAGGAGCACACCGGGACACAUAAAUGGUGGAGGCCGUGGUGGAGUUCGACUAUGAGGCUCAGCAGGAUGAUGAGUUGAGCCUGACGGUGGGUGACAUCAUCGUGAACAUACGGCGGGACGAUGGAGGAUGGUGGGAGGGUGAGCUGGACGGACGCAGGGGCCUGUUCCCGGAUAACUUUGUCAGGGAGAUAAAGAAAGAGGCAAAGAGGGAUGGAGGGCAGGCAAACAUGAUCAGACCUGACCUUUCCAAUGGAAGGGCCAGCCCUGUGUCUGACCCCAGCAUGCGAUCGGGCAAGAAAGUAGAGCAAAUCCGUAAGCGGAGGUGUAAAGCGGCGUUCAGCUACGUGCCUCAGCAUGAAGAUGAGCUAGAGUUGAAAAUAGGAGAUGUCAUUGAGAUCAUAGCAGAGGUAGAGGAGGGCUGGUGGGAGGGAUUUCUAAAUGGGAAGAGUGGAAUGUUUCCCUCCAAUUUCACCAAAGUUAUCCAGACGGAGUCGGAAACAUCCUCCUUAAACACCUCGCAGGAGGAGCUGCGCAGCUCCCGCACCAGUAAGGACAGCCCAGGCAGUGAAAGUGAUGGAGGCGACAGUCGGUCAGAAACGGGCUCAGGAGAAAUUCAGCCCAAGAAGGUCCGAGGGUUUGGCUUUGGUGACAUCUUCAAAGACCAGCCCUUCAGGCUCAGACCCCGCUCUAUUGAUGUGGACUCAGAGGUGGACAAGCUAAACGAGGCGAAAGCAGCAAGCGUUGCCUCGGAAACCAUGAAGACUGAACCUGACGGCAAAGCCAGAGGGCGGGAGCAAUGUAAAGUCCUCUUUCCAUAUGAAGCACAAAAUGAAGAUGAGCUGUCACUCAAAGAGGGCGAAAUCAUCAACAUUAUCACCAAGGAGUGUGCCGAUGCAGGCUGGUGGAAGGGGGAGAUCGGGGGAAGGCAAGGUGUCUUCCCAGAUAACUUUGUCAAGCUGCUAGAAGUGGAGAAAGAGAGACCGAGGAAACCGCCUCCUCCCAGUGCACCAGGUGUUAAACACAGCACAGAGAGAAAGUCGGAGGUCAAGAAGGUUCCACCUGAGCGGCCUGAACAUCUGCCACAGAGAGACCAGGAUCGAGGUGAAGAGAUGAAGGUUGGAGACAUCCCCAAGCCCUCUAUCCCAUCUAUCAUUCCUAAGAAACCCCUCCACCCAAAGACAAGCACCUCCUCUUCCUCCCAACCCCCACGGCGUCCUGAGAGACCACCCACUCUAGCGUGUGAAAGCCCAAAGUCUGAGGGCGGGGCUUCGACACCAGAUUCUGCCCCACAUGACACUGAUGUGGACCUCGACGCGGUGGUGCCGUCAACAGAGAAGCUGAGUCAUCCGACGGCGACACGGCCCAGAGUCAGCGACCGCCGGCCUCGCUCACAGAUCAUCACACCCUCUUCCCUGUCAGGUAUCGAUCUGGACUCCCCUGCAGUGGAGGACCGGAAGGACAGAGGAAAGGUGGAGCCGGAGUCUGUCUCCUCCAGAUCUGCAGAGGGUUCCCUGAGGAAAGGAGCAUCCGCAAUCCCUGUAUCUGACAGUAAAGUACCACUUCCCGCCAAGCCCUCUCUCCCAAGCGCCAGUCAUCGCCCCACAUCCCUGUCUUCCUCCUCAGGUCUGAGCCCCUCCCCUGAGCUUCGGCAUUCACCUCUGACCCCCCUGACACUGGAGGAACUCAGGAACCAGCUGAGAGACCUGAGGGCUUCUGUAGAACUGCUCAAGAGCCAGCACAGGCAGGAAAUGAAGCAGUUGACCAAAGCGCUGGAUGAAGAGAAGAAGAUUCGUCUUAGUUUACAGAUGGAAGUAGAGCACAUAAGGAAGAGCCUGUCAAAAUGAAGAAUGAAGCAUCCUCUAUCACCACAUCGGAGGCCAACAUUUGAAAACAUUCUCACUGUUGGCUGAGACUAUAAAGAAUACAUUUUGUGCCAAACGAUCAUCACGAUAAACAUCAGCAACAUUACAGUA